CGGGACGUACUAUAUCUUAGACUUCCGGAUUUUAUAAGAAACAUUGCGGGAAGUAUGAAGGCGAAUAGCUGUUAACCAUAACUUUUCCAGCUAGUAGUGAGCAGGCUGUCAUGCCUCUUGUGACCCUCCAGUUAGGACAAUGUGGGAACCAGAUAGGAGGUCAGCUGUUUUCAACUAUAAUUGAAGAUGCAGACUGCAAACAUACAGGUGUAACCAAGAAAGAGAAUGACAACUACUUGGAGGCAGUCAACGAAAGGUUCUUCGUGGAAGACAAACAUGGAAAAUUGGAAGCAAGGGCUGUGAUGGUUGACAUGGAAACAAAAGCAAUUUCCAAGACAAGACUAGAUGCCAAGAAGAGUGGGAAAUGGCAUUACCCUGACAAGCAACAGUUCUGCCAAAAGAAAGGUUCAGGGAACAAUUGGGCUCACGGGUUUUGUGCACACGGACCUAAAGCUCAUGACGAUAUCAUGGCUCUUGUGCAGUCUGAGGUCGAGAAAUGUGACCACUUUGAUGGUUUCCUGACUCUGAUGAGCUUAGCUGGAGGGACAGGUUCUGGUGUCGGUGCUUACAUCACACAGUGUCUCAGGGAUGAAUAUCCACAUUCUUUUAUCAUGAACCAAGUUGUAUGGCCGUACAACACAGGAGAGGUCAUUGUGCAGAAUUACAAUGCGUUGUUGACAUUGUCGCAGCUCUACCUCUACUCUGAUGCAUUGCUUAUCAUGGAGAAUGAUAAGAUUCAGAAAAUCUGUUCACAGUUGCUGAAUAUUAAACACAUUUCAUUCCAAGAUAUGAAUACAGUAAUUGCUCAUAAACUGGCUAGUUUUCUUCAACCCACAGUUAGAACAGAAGGCAGUCACACUAGGCAGAACAGACUAGGUGACAUGCUGGAACACCUAGUUGCCCACCCAGAUUACAAGUUGCUGAGCUUGCUCAAUAUCCCCCAGAUGUCAGAGGCAGCAUUGCAGUACAGCGCAUACCAGUGGCCCGGGCUUCUGAAACAUCUUAGACAGAUGCUCAUUGCAAAUGCACCCAUGGAAGAGGGAAUCGACUGGAAUGUGCGUGUCUCCUCUGGUGCAAUCCGGAAUCACAACUUCUCACUGGCCAAUCUGCUAUUAUUAAGAGGAAAAGAUUGCAACAUGGCUGAUGUAAGUGCAUUUACAGAACCAAAACUGUAUACUGACUGGAUACCGUCUGGCUGUGGAUUAUUAGAAUGGAAGCAGCCAAGAAUGUUUUGUCAGUAUGAGAAAUCUGCUUCAUUACUAAGCAACAGUCAGACACCAGUGACUCCAUUGAACAGCGUGCUUGAGAAAUCGUGGUCCAUGUUUGGAGCAAGGGCUUUUGUACAUCAGUAUAUUAAAUUUGGUCUAGCUGAAGAAGACUUUCUAGACAGUUUUGCUUCACUGGAGCAAGUAUUGAAAAAUUACAAAGAUCUUUGAAAUGAGUAAACUUUUCAUUAAAAUAUGCCCUUCUUUGUUUUAUAUUCUUAUAAUUAAGUACUUUAAGUAUUUUAUAUCUUUUGAAAGUGUUGGGAUAUCAGUAACAUAUGUAUUACCAGUAUAUUCCUUGUCACAUGCAGAUAAUUUGCAAAUGAUUUUAAGUUCAUUCCAAUACAAUUUACCAUUUUAGCAAGAGAAAUGUUGAAGAAUGUCUAAGCAUGAAAUUCAAGAUAAAACGUGAUAUUUUUGUAAUUUAAUUCCAGCAUGGCAUUUUUUGUUCUCAUGAUUUCAGAUUAUGAUGCAUUGUCCAGAAACUAUUGGAACAAAAAUUCAAUAUUUCAAAACACAAUGGUUAUUUCCAUCAAGUGGGGAGUUGUAUUUUAGCCCUUUGGAAUUGAUGGUAUGGUUGUGUUAUUUGUCAUUUAUAUAUGUAACAUGAUAACACCACAAACAAAUAACAGUUAUAUAAAUCAAAAAGCAUGACAUAAAGUCAUAAAUAUUAUUUUAUUAUUUCUAGCUAUGAACUAUACAAGCAAGCAUACCUUUGGUAAUUGCUGCACAAUUAGAAGCUUUUAAGCACCAAAGACUUAAAUUUUCUGAACGUUCAAUAAAUAUAUAUGUAUUUAUAACAUGGCAGUAGAUUUGAGCAAUGGAAAUGGCAAGAUAACCAAGUAAAAACAAUGGAGGGAAACAAGAUCCGACUUUUGCCUUUUGUCUUCUGUGAUAUUUAUGGUCACAUAUCUUUAGGUCUCAGCAGUGUUUAUUUGAGGUUUUUCACCUUAAUUAAGUAAUGAGAAUUGUUAAUCCAGUGAAAUGCAUGCAAUUC